AUGGCGACAAUCUGUAAAGACGAAGAGUGGCAGAGACGCCUCCAGGGCAUGAGUCAGGCGCACCUUUUGCCCUCCAGUGCUGCGCCAGAAGACAUUCAUCGGCUGUGUAUUCAGCUGCAGCAGGCCGACAACACCUACCCGGGCGGUUUGUCUGCGUACAUUUCGCGCGCGCGGGACUUGUUGGCGGCGUCCAAGGCUGGCGCGAACCCGUUCGAGGGCUUUACCGCUUAUAAGCCGGCGGGAGAGAAAGUGACUUUGCCCUCACCUCUGUUUGACACGUUGGAAACGGUAGGCUCCAAAGAGCUUAAGGCGUGCGCGUUUGUGCUCGUCGCGGGGGGCUUGGGUGAGCGCCUGGGGUACAGCGGCAUCAAAAUCGGCCUGCCUUGCGAGACGACGACUGGGAAGACUUUUGCGCAGCUAUAUUGCGAGUACAUCGCUGCCAUUGAAAACGCACCCGAGGCACACGGGGCAACUCAGCAGAACGGCCACAACGCCGCUGAGGCGUCGGUCCCCCUCGCAAUCAUGACGUCCGAUGACACACACGACAGAACCAUCGAGUUGUUCGAGUCGCACGAUUUCUUUGGCUUGAAGAGAAGCCAGGUCGUCUUCAUGAAGCAGGGUAAGGUGCCCGCGCUGCUUGACAACGAUGCCAACAUCGCGACCAGCGCAGAGGACCCGUUCCGCGUGAUCAUGAAGCCGCACGGACACGGCGAUGUUCACACCCUGCUGCACCAGCACGGCCUCGUCGAGAAGUGGAAGCACGAAGGGAAGAAAUGGAUCAUUUUCUUCCAAGACACAAAUCCUCUCAUCUUCAGGGCGCUGGCUGCGACCCUAGGCGUCUCCAAGGAACACAACUUCGCGAUGAACACUGUCGCCGUCCCUCGAAAGGCAGCAGAGGCCAUGGGCGCCAUCUGCAACUUGAAAAAGGUGGACGGCUCGAGCAUCACGAUCAACGUCGAGUACAACGUCUUGGGGCCUCUUCUUGAGGCCCAAGGCAGUGCAGACGUUGCGAACGAGGAGGGCUUCAGCCAGUUCCCCGGCAACACGAACGCGCUUGUCUUCGCCGUUGAGCCCUACUGCUCAGUUCUCCAACGAACCGGCGGCACUGUACCGGAGUUUGUGAACCCGAAGUACAAGGACAGCGCGAAGACGAGCUUCAAGUCGCCCACGCGGCUGGAGUGCAUGAUGCAAGACUUCCCUCGUCUCUUUUCGGCGAGCGAUCCGGUUGGCUUCACGGAGCUGGAGCGCUGGUUUUGCUACAGCUGCGUGAAGAACAACGUUGCCGACGCGGCGGCGAAGGUCAAGCAGGGCAUUCCACCAGAGUGUGCGCUGUCUGGAGAGGCGGACGUGUACCGAAACAACGCCCGCCUUCUCGCGUUUGCCGCAGAGAGCGCCGGCGCCGCGACCGUGCAAGUUGGAGACGAAGCCCAGCCGCAGCUGGUGUCUGCGAACGGCCUCUCCUACCCCAUGGGACCGCGCAUCGUCCUCGCGCCCUCGUGGGCGGUAGCAGAGAGAGACAUGCGCGCGAGACUCCAGGGGGCGACGACGCUCAGGAUCUCGCCCACGUCGACUUUGGUCGUUGAGGGGGACGUUUUUAUCAAGCACCUCGAGCUAGACGGUGCCGCAGUUCUGUGUGCUGCUCCAGGCGCGAAACUCGUCGUCGAGAAGUUGGUCGUGAAGAACGAAGGCUGGCCCCUGAAAGUGCUUGAGCAUGCGAAAGACGCGCCGGUCACGACUGCGAUGCGUGGCUUCGUGUUUGAGCGCAAGCAGACGUUCGUCGGAGAAAACAAAGAGCCGGGAUCCGUGAAGGUGAUCUUUGAAGAGGCGCAGAGUCUCGCGCAGGCGCCUUAG